AUUCUUGGCAUUCUCAGCGCAUUAUUAAAGUGACUUAAAUCCAGACUUGUGGGGGAGGUAGUGGGUGAUAGGAUUUCACUACCGGUUGUACCAGGUAUGGGGUAAUGGGGCUGUUGUGAAAUGACGUUGGAAAGUAACCAAAUGACAUCAUGAGGAGGAGGCUGUCCUAAGGAAGUGACGUGUCGGGGGGGCAGUCGGAGGAAGUUUGGCCGGUGGUGGUGCUGAAAGAAACUUUCCCUGGAGCGGCGGAGUGGAGCAGGGAUCCGGGGCGCGAGUUGCCGCGAGAAAAAACAUCGAUCAACUGUGGAGGAUUAUUGUCAGUGGGAGCAUUGCUGUUGGAGCCUGGAUACGCGUCUUGGCCUCUGGGACACCAGGCUGAAAGGGAAUCGCCUGAGCCGCUGCCUUGCGUGUGCCUCCCUCUUUGGCUCCAUUCUCGAGCCGAGAUGGGGAAGGAGCAGGAGCUCCUGGAGGCUGCCCGCACUGGGAAUCUGGCCGCCGUCGAGAAGCUGCUAUCCGGCAAGCGGCAGUCGGCGGGGAUCGGUGGAGGGUCCUCGGGAGGCGGAGGGAGCGGCGGCGGAGGAGGCGGCGGUCACAGUUCCUCAUCUCACCCGCUUUCGAGUUUGCUCAGCAUCUGGAGGGGCCCCAAUGUCAACUGUGUGGACAGUACGGGAUACACCCCCCUACAUCACGCCGCCCUCAACGGACACAGUGAGGUCGUGGAGGCUCUCCUGCGGAACGAGGCCCUGACGAACAUCGCCGACAACAAGGGCUGCUACCCUCUCCACCUGGCCGCCUGGAAGGGGGACCAGCAGAUCGUCAGGCUGCUGAUUCACCAGGGCCUCUCGCACCCCAAACUCAACGAGCAGAGCUGUGUAGACCACAAAGAAUUCAAACGCUGCGGCCCCUUUGACCCGUAUAUUAAUGCCAAGAACAACGACAACGAGACAGCCUUGCACUGCGCGGCCCAGUACGGCCACUCGGAGGUGGUGCGCCUCCUGCUGGAGGAGCUGACCGACCCCACCAUGAGGAACAACAAGUUCGAGACGCCCCUGGACCUGGCCGCCCUGUACGGCCGGCUGGAGGUGGUCAAGCUGCUGCUCAACGCCCACCCCAACCUGCUGAGCUGCAACACCAAGAAGCACACCCCCCUGCACCUGGCGGCCCGCAACGGCCACCUGGCCGUGGUGGAGGUGCUCCUGGACGCCGGCAUGGACAUCAACUACCAGACGGAGAAGGGGAGCGCUCUGCACGAGGCCGCGCUCUUCGGGAAGAAGGACGUCGUGCAGAAGCUCCUGAGCGCAGGUCGGCCUAUCUUCUAG